AUUAGGUUAUCAUAAACAAACUAUAAUCGCUGACCUCAUUCCACUCACAGUCACCGACAGUUCCCUUCUCCUCCGCGCCCUAAGACUCAGAUACGAAUUUUCAUUUUCAGCUUUCACCGCUAAUUCAACUUCCACUCACCGCAAUUUUCUGCUUAUUUGUUGCGGUUGGAAAUGAACGGCGACGGAGAAGAGUUAACGGCGCAGGAAACCGCUCUGUAUGACCGUCAGAUUAGGGUUUGGGGUGCUGAUGCUCAAAGAAGAUUAAGCAAAGCUCAUGUCUUAGUUUAUGGAAUCAAAGGAACUAUUGCUGAGUUUUGCAAGAAUAUUGUCCUGGCUGGAGUUGGUAGUCUGACCUUAAUUGACGAUAGACCGAUCACUGAGGAAUUGCUUUCUUCAAAUUUUCUUAUUCCUCCUGAUGAGAAUAUCUAUAAUGGAAAAACCAUUGCUCAGCUUUGUUGUGAUUCACUUAAAGACUUCAAUCCUAUGGUCCGUGUUUUUGUGGAAAAAGGUGAUUUGUCAAGCUUUGAUGUUGAAUUCUUCGGCAAAUUCGAUGUUGUUGUUGUCAGUUGUUGCUCACGUUCAGCCAAAAAACUAGCCAAUGAAAAAUGCCGGAAAGCAUCAAAACGUGUAGCAUUUUAUACUGUUGACUGUCGAGAUUCUUGUGGUGAAGUUUUCGUUGAUCUGCAGGACUAUAAAUAUCAAAAGAAAAAAAUGGAGGAAACUAUUGAAUGCCACCUAAAAUAUCCAUGUUUUGAGGAUGCUCUUUCAGUACCUUGGAGGGCACUUCACAGGAGAAUGUCAAAGCUGUACUUUGCAAUGAGAGUAAUAGAGAAGUUUGAAGAGGUUGAAGGACGUAGUGCUGGAGAUGUUUCUGAUGCAGAUCUUUCCAAUGUUCUUAAGCUGAAAAAGGAGCUUUGUACUGCACAGUCUCUCAAUGAAUCUCAUGUGCCUGAUACUCUUCUGGAAAGAUUGGUAGCAGAUACAACAGAAUUUCCUCCAGUUUCUGCUGUUAUCGGGGGCAUCCUUGGACAGGAGGUUAUCAAAGCAAUUUCUGGGAAAGGGGAUCCCAUAAAAAACUUUUUCUAUUUUGAUGCUUCUGAUGGGAAGGGUAUCAUAGAAGACAUAUCUGAUUCAAAUAUUGGAAAUUGACAUCUAUGGGAAGUGUUUCUUUUUGAGUCACUGGAAAUCUUGAUUGUGAAUAUGGAAACUUCAUAUGCAACAAAGAAAACUAGUAAUUUCAGUCAACAGACUGAUUUCUCUUUGCUGUGUUAACUUAUUUAUAGUUUUGUAGUUUCAUUUAUUUGGAGCGUUUGACAAUUUAGGGUUGGAAUUGUCUCGGAAUGUAGACACUCAAAUGUAUGUAUGCUGACCAUCAAAACAUUCUCCAAGGGCAAAAGCUGUCUUUUGAAGUUACAAACCCUCAUGAUGGUUCUGUCCCGAAAGAUGGUUAUAUUUAUGUUCUGGGUUCUCCAGCCGGUAAACCUGUCUUUGAAGUUACAAAGCCUUGUGAUGGUCCUCUUCCAAAAAAAGCUUGUUAUGUUUAUGUUCUGGAUUCUCCGACGGGUAAUCCUGGUUAAUUGUACUAAUACAUUGUUACGUUUUGCUGAAUUGAUGAUAUCAGUAUUAGUACCUAUUAUAAUUC